GAAAAGGAACUCCGAUAGCCGAGCGCAUCCUGUCACAAGGCUGCAGCCGGAGGAACACCUCUGCCACCGAAAAGAGGAAACCGGGUGACUCGUCUCCUUCGAAAAAUGUCCGACUCCUUGGUGGUGUGUGAUGUCGAUGAGAGCCUCAAAGAAAAACUGAAGAAAUUUCGAUUCCGCAAGGAGACCAAUAACGCAGCCAUCCUGAUGAAAAUCGACAAAGAGAAACAGCUUGUGGUUCUGGAGGAGGAAUACCAAGACAUUUCUCCGGACGAGCUGAAGAACGAACUUCCAGAGCGACAGCCGAGAUUUGUCGUCUACAGCUACAAGUACAUCCAUGACGAUGGCAGAGUCUCGUUUCCCCUCUGCUUCAUCUUCUCCAGUCCUGUUGGAUGUAAGCCGGAGCAGCAGAUGAUGUACGCUGGCAGUAAAAACAGACUGGUGCAGGCUGCAGAGCUUACCAAGGUGUUUGAGAUCCGGACCACAGAAGACCUGACCGAGGACUGGCUGAAGGAGAAGCUCUCGUUUUUCCGUUAAACUCUGCACCGUUCCGUCACCUGAGGGCUGCAAUGUCCACGUUCAAGAUGGCGGUAAAGGCUAACAGUUACGUUACGGAGACGUCACACCCUCCCUCCCUGUCUGGCAUUUCAUUUUAAGAUAUCGAUCCUUUGGUGUUGUCUCCCAUAAUUUGAUCACUGAAAUAAAAGAUGAAAAAAUG